UCCGGGCCGGGCGCCGGGCGGCUCCGAACCUGCCGCGCGCCCCGGGUGGGGGAGGCGGCCCCGGAGGAUCUCGAGGGUGCGGGACAGUGGGAUCCUUCCCCGGAGCCGAACAGCCGAGCGCCGCGUUCCUCCUCAGGUCCCCGCCCUGUUCCGCGGGCGCGAGCGCGCACCCACCCUUCGGCGGGACCUGCUUUCUCCCUUCCCGGCGCCCGCCGCCUGCCACCCAGCGACGCCCCGCGCUACGCCGCCAACCCGGGACCAGCCCUGAGCCCACUGCCCACUGCCCACGGGACCCUCGCGGCUAUCCCUUUCUCCCCGGCUUCCCGGGCGUUCGGAGAAGUGACCCACCCUCCCCCGGGGAGGAGGAGGGAUAGGAUCGCCCCGGGCGCACCGAAACCGAGAGCGGGAGAGCGGGAGAGCCGGAGUGGGCGCUGCGCUGGGUAUUGUAUGUGUGAGUGAGUGAGUGUGUGUGUGCGCACAGCGUACCGUGUUUCGGAAAACGCUCUGGGGAGGUCCUGUCCCUAGGGGGCGGAGCGCGCAGGGUACAGAGGCCCCGGCUUGGUGCCGGGGCAGAGUCCCGUGGAGCCUGAUCGCAGCUGGGGACCGGCGGGACGAGGCGCCUGGCGACGAAGCGGGCGCGCAGAAAGGAGGCCGGGGUACCCUCAGCCGGCGGCGGCCCCUGCCCCGAGGUGUCGAGGUGCCCCGAGAAGCAGCCCACUUCUGUUCACGUCUGCGGACCUGCAGGGCAGAGGCUCGGCCGCUGAGCCCCAGCGCGCCGCCGGGCCAGCCCACCCCGCCCACCCCGUCGGACUGGGGUGAGCGGCCGGAGAGCGAGGUCCCCACCGUUGCACGGCCGGCAGGCGUCGGCUGAGUGCGGAGCGCGCCCUCCUCCCCUCCGCUGCCCGGGCCGGAGCCCGAGAAGCGCGCAACAUGAGCGGUGGCGAAGUGGUCUGCUCGGGAUGGCUUCGCAAGUCUCCCCCGGAGAAAAAGUUGAAGCGUUAUGCAUGGAAAAGGAGAUGGUUUGUGCUACGCAGUGGCCGUUUAACUGGAGACCCCGAUGUCUUGGAAUAUUACAAAAAUGAUCAUGCCAAGAAACCUAUCCGUAUCAUUGAUUUAAAUUUAUGUCAGCAAGUUGACGCUGGAUUGACAUUUAACAAAAAGGAGUUUGAAAACAGCUACAUUUUUGAUAUCAACACCAUUGACCGAAUUUUCUACUUGGUAGCAGACAGUGAGGAAGAAAUGAAUAAGUGGGUUCGUUGUAUUUGUGACAUCUGUGGGUUUAACCCUACAGAAGAAGAUCCUGUGAAGCCCCCUGCCAACUCCUUACAUGCACCAGCGGAUUUGCCUUCAGCUGUAAUUACAUCCCCACCGUCUGCCCAGGUGGACUCAUCCCCUGCUGCCCAGCCUCCUCCGUAUCAGCUCAUUAACCUUCCGCCACAUCUGGAAACUCUUGGCAUCCAGGAGGAUCCUCAAGACUACCUCCUGCUAAUCAACUGUCAAAGCAAGAAGCCUGAGCCCACCAGAGCACAUGCUGAUUCUGCAAAAUCCACCUCUUCUGAAACAGACUGCAAUGAUAACGUCCCUUCUCACAAAAACCCCGCUUCCUCCCAGACCAAACACGGAGUGAAUGGCUUCUUCCAGCAGCAAAGCAUGUACGACUCCCCGCCGCCGCGCGCUGCCUCCGUUUCCGUAGACUCCAGCCUGUAUCACCUGCCCAGGAGCUAUUCCCACGAUGUUUUACCAAAGGUGUCUCCGUCGAGUACGGAAGCGGAUGGCGAACUCUAUGUUUUUAAUACCCCAUCUGGGACAUCAAGUCUAGAGACUCAGCUGAGGCACGUGUCUAUUAGUUACGACAUUCCUUCAACCCCUGGUAAUACUUACCAGAUUCCACGAACGUUUCCGGAAGGAACCCUGGGACAGACGUCAAAGCUGGACCCCAUUCCCGAUGUUCCUCCACCCCGGCCACCAAAACCACACCCGGCUCACGACCGAUCGCCGGUGGAAACGUGCGGCGCCCCGCGCGCAGCCUCGGACCCCGACAGCAGCUACUGCAUUCCCAUGGCGGGGGUGCCUCCCUCCCGCAGCAACACCAUCUCCACCGUGGAUCUGAACAAGCUGCGGAAAGAUGCUAGUUCUCAAGACUGCUAUGAUAUUCCACGAACAUUUCCAAGUGAUAGAUCUAGUUCACUUGAAGGCUUCCAUAACCACUUUAAAAUCAAAAAUGUGUUGACAGUGGGAAGUGUAUCAAGUGAAGAGUUGGAUGAAAACUAUGUCCCGAUGAAUCCCAAUUCUCCGCCACGGCAACAUUCCAGCAGUUUUACAGAACCAAUUCAGGAAGCAAACUACGUGCCAAUGACUCCGGGGACAUUUGAUUUCUCUUCAUUUGGAAUGCAAGUGCCUCCUCCUGCUCAUAUGGGCUUCCGGUCCAGCCCAAAGACCCCCCCCAGAAGGCCCGUACCUGUUGCAGACUGUGAACCACCCCCCGUGGAUAGGAACCUCAAGCCGGACAGAAAAGGUCAAAGUCCUAAAAUUUUAAGACCCAAACCCCAUGGUUUAGAGCGAACUGAUUCACAAACCAUACGUGACUUUGCUACAAGAAGAAAGGCCAAACCAGCACCUUUAGAAAUAAAACCUUUGCCAGAAUGGGAAGAAUUACAAGCCCCAGUUAGAUCUCCCAUCACUAGGAGUUUUGCUCGAGACUCCUCUAGGUUUCCCAUGUCUCCCCGCCCGGAUUCAGUGCAUAGUACAACUUCAAGCAGUGACUCACAUGACAGUGAAGAGAAUUAUGUACCCAUGAACCCAAACCUAUCCGGCGAAGACUCAAAUCUUUUUGGGAGUAACAGUCUGGAUGGGGGGAGCAGCCCUAUGAUCAAGCCCAAAGGAGACAAACAGGUGGAAUACCUCGAUCUAGAUUUAGAUUCCGGGAAAUCCACACCACCACGUAAACAAAAGAGCAGUGGCUCAGGAAGCAGUGUAGCAGAUGAGAGAGUGGAUUAUGUUGUGGUUGACCAACAGAAGACCCUGGCUCUAAAGAGCACCCGGGAAGCCUGGACAGAUGGGAGACAGUCCACAGAAUCUGAAACACCAACCAAGAGUGUGAAAUGAAAAUAUUGCUCUGAUGUGUCUGAACAGAAGAGAACUGAAUUGGAAAGAUAAAUCCUGUUUGAAGAUGACUUGACACUUCUACUCUAGGCCGACCCUCAGCUGAGUAGAGUCGAAGUCCGAGGACCUUGCAGACGUAAUCAAGUAAUUGAGACUGUCAAUGGUGCUUUGUGGUAUCUGAACAAUUCAUAAUGUGGAGAUUAUGUGGGAAAAUAGGAUUGUUUAGCUUCCAGAAAAAAAAUUGGUUCCGUAGUUAACACACUUGUAGUAUUACUGUAUUUAUGCACUUUUUCAUUUAAAACAUUGGUUGGGGUAUUCCCAAAUGUACCUUAACAUAAUUCCUUUGGGAGUUUUUGUUUUUCUUCACACUACUCUGUAUAACAAUACUAAGUUAACUAAGCUACUUUUCUAUUUGGAGAUUGCUCUUUAAACUUCAGUGUGUGUAACAUUGAGACGAGAAGUAGAUUCACAAUUCACCAUUCCACCCGAAACUUCGGGUGGUAGUCAUUAAACUACAGACAUUGAAAUCGUCACAUUGCCUUCUACAAUGCUAAGGGUAGUAUACAUACUGGUAUUUGGACCUAGUUCUCUGGUUCAUGUUAGUCCUCAGUGGUAGAACUUUACUAUAUUUUGUUAAUGACAGUGUUCUUAGUUCAUUGGGUGACAUUGAGUGAAGAUUCUGCCGGGUGGGAUCUUGUACCUUGGGAAGACUGAAUAAUUACACUACCAAGUAAGCCUACAAAUCACUGAUGGCAGGAGGUGAUGAUGUGCUCUUACAAUUGUUAACUUGUAUUAAACUUUAUUUGCAAAACGUAGUUUAUGUAACGAAUCAGGUACGUACCAGGCACUGAUGUGCUAAUACACUGAUCAGGUUUAGACCGCUUUUGUUGUGUUCUUGUUAGUCCUAUGUUUGGUUUCCAAUUUGGAAUUAAUGAAACAGUUGACAUUCACUGUUAGUUAUAGCAACAUACUGUGAUUUUUUAAUUGGACAAUAAUUCAGAUUUAUUACUCUUAAGAAUGGAAUUCUGUCUUUUGACACCUUAGUGCCCUUUCUAUGAUUUUUCUUACCUUUACUUAAUAUUCUUCUUGGCCUUAUAUUUAAAUCCCUAUGCAAUUAAUAUUUUAUACCUGCAUUUUUUUAAAAAUAGAUGUUAUGUAAGUGAUUCUCAUAUGUAGCACCUAUUGCUUUUCCAGUAAAAAAAAAAAAAAUAAGUAUUUUGUACUGUGAUUUAUAGUCACUGUCCCAAUUGAGGAAAUAUGGGAGCCUUGCUCAAAUGUGAAAUCUAUAGUCAUGGACCUCUUUCAAGCAGACCCUGAAACCCCCAGAGGAGUCGUAUAGUUCCGUCUCACUUGUAACACAGCUCUGUGACAUGGGCAUCAAGACCACCAAUUACAGUGAGGCUACAAUUACAUCAUCUGUCUCGGCUUUGCUAAGUAACUUAGGAAGCAGAUCGAGUUGUUUGUUUUUUAACUAAGUGAC